AUGUCUAUCCAGAGCACAAAAGAGAAUCCUCUGCCAGCCAAGCUGUUCAAUGAGAAGGGCGAAUUGCAAAGACCGGUAUCUCGGUUCCGCAACUGGAUCUCUAGCGAACCAGGCUCGAGGUUUCCUCCUGAAAAGGGAAGAUAUCAUCUCUAUGUCUCGUACGCAUGUCCAUGGGCCCAUAGGACCUUGAUCAUCCGGAAGCUCAAGGGGCUUGAGUCCAUCAUUUCCGUCACUUCAGUCCACUUCCACAUGUCCAUCGUCGACAGCUGGCGCUUUGUUGGCCCCGAUGAAUCCUUGCCAAUGGAAGACGUGACCCCGGACCCUCUGCACCCAGAAUUCAAACGUCUGAAGGAGCUCUACUACCGUGCUGAUCCCAAUUACACGGGCCGGUUCACAGUUCCUGUGCUCUGGGAUAAGAAGACGGAGUCUAUCGUGAGCAACGAGAGCAGUGAGAUUAUCCGCAUGUUGUACACGGAGUUCGAUGGGCUCUUGUCUGAGGAGAAGAGAAAGGUCGACCUUUAUCCUCGAGAGUUGAGGGGGGAGAUUGACGAGGUCAACGGAUGGACUUACGAUAAUAUCAACAACGGCGUCUACAAAUGCGGCCUCGCCCAAACGCAAGCCGCAUACCACGACGCCGUGACCGCGCUCUUCGCCUCGUUGGACAAAGUUGAACAGCAGCUCUCUUCCGCAUCCAAAGACGGCCCCUAUUACUUUGGGGCAUUCAUCACGGAAGCCGACAUCCGCCUUUACGUGACCAUCAUCCGCUUCGACCCGGUCUAUGUCGCCCUGUUCAAGACGAACCGCGCCAUGAUCCGCACCCAUUACCCGUACAUCCAUCGCUGGGUGAAGCAUCUGUACUGGAACGUCGAGGCCUUUGGGAAGACCACUAGCUUUGAACAUAUCAAAGGCCACUACUUCACGAGUCUGACCAUGCUGAAUCCGAGCGGCAUUGUUCCCGAGGGGCCGGUGCCAGAUAUUUUGGGCUUGGAUGAGUAA